UCAAUCCAACAUGGCGGCUUCUUCGACUUCCAAACUCACAAAAUGUCGACAUUUUAAACCACCUUUUACGCUACAUAAACUCUUUUCUGCACAAAGCAACUCUAAUUUAGUAAAGCGGGUCUUCCACACUUUACCUAGGUGUAAUUUAUCCCAGGCAAAUGAAAAGGUGCAGCUAGAAAAUGACAGAGAUUCAAGUCCACCAUUGAGAGCAGAAUUCGUGAACCGCAACCCUAGGAACGUUGAGUAUGAGGGGCGAAACAAACCUCGAGGAUAUGGAACACAGUUUUCAAGGAGGGAUUAUUACAACAAAUUAAAUUUCAUUGUCUCUAAUCGUCACAUCAAAGCAUAUGUCCAGCACAAUAGUGGAACAGUAUUGGUGUYGGCAUCCACAACAGAAUUCCCCAUCACAAGACAGCUUUACAAGACAACAGAUCUAGCGGCAGCCAUGAAUAUAGGCAGAGUACUUGCUCAAAGAUGCUUAGAGGCAGGCUUUACUAGAGUUUUCUGGGAACCACGAUGGAGUGAUAAACACAAACUUAGGGUUAAAUCAUUUGCUAAAGCAAUCCAAAAGGGAGGUUUGACACUGAAUGAACCUAAAGCAGUCAUUCCAUUACAAGACUUUUAUUCAGAUUUCAGGCCCAAUAAGACAAAAAAGAAAUGGAAAAGAAUGCCAGAUUCUGAGAAGAGAAAAUACAUUUAAGACCCUUCCUUCCUGUAUUUGUAAUUAUUUUUAAUGGGUGUUUAUAAAAUUAUAUUUCUUUCUGGUUUUA